AUGGCGUCGAGCACCAGCGAGAUGCCCCAGGCGAAGGAGAACCUGAAGAGGUCCGGCAGCUUGGGAAGCAACGAUACGUAUGUGCGUGCCGACAAGAUUGAUCUUACGAGCCUCGACAUCCAGCUGGAGAAGCAGCUCACCAAGACCUGGGGCAAAGCCAAUCUCAAAUCCCAGGGGCCAAAGGAGGAGUGGGAGAUCGACCUUGCGAAGCUGGAGAUCCGCCACGUGAUUGCUCAGGGGACGUAUGGCACAGUUUACAGGGGCACCUAUGAUGGACAGGACGUUGCAGUGAAGCUUUUGGAUUGGGGAGAAGAUGGUUUUGCCACAGAAGCUGAAACUGCUGCUUUACGAACAUCAUUCAAGACGGAGGUUGCUGUUUGGCAUAAGCUCAGCCACCCUAAUGUUACAAAGUUUGUGGGUGCAUCUAUGGGGACCACAGACCUUAAGAUUCCAGCAAAUAAUUCCAAUGGUGGUGCACGUACAAAUCUUCCUGCAAGAGCAUGUUGUGUCGUGGUAGAGUAUCUCGCUGGAGGAACUUUGAAGCAAUAUUUGAUAAAGAACAGUCGAUGGAAGCUUGCUUACAAAGUUGUGGUUCAGCUUGCAUUGGAUUUGGCUAGAGGAUUGAGCUAUCUGCACUCCAGGAAGAUUGUACAUCGGGAUGUGAAAAGCGAAAACAUGCUACUUACUCCACAGAGAAACCUUAAGAUUGCUGAUUUCGGUGUUGCUCGUGUUGAGGCUCAGAAUCCAAAGGACAUGACUGGUGCAACAGGCACACUUGGUUAUAUGGCUCCAGAGGUUCUUGAUGGUAAGCCAUACAACAGGAAGUGUGAUGUUUACAGUUUUGGCAUUUGUUUAUGGGAAAUCUAUUGUUGUGACAUGCCUUACCCAGACCUAAGUUUUGCUGAUGUCUCAUCUGCCGUUGUUCACCAGAAUUUGCGCCCAGACAUUCCUCGCUGCUGCCCAAGCGCAUUUGCGAAUGUUAUGCGGAAAUGCUGGGAUGCAAACCCAGAUAAACGCCCUGAUAUGGAUGAAGUGGUGCAGCUUUUAGAGGCUCUGGACACGAGCAAAGGCGGUGGCAUGAUACCAGAUGGCCAAUCAUCAGGAUGCUUAUGCUUCACAAAGGCUCGCGGUCCAUAG